CCGUGAAACGCAGAGACACUUCUCAGCCGUCGCCUGCAGUUAUAAGCUGAAAAAUGAGUUUGAUAUCCCAAAAUGCGGAUUCUAGAAACGGGGUGAGGUCCAAAAGGGAUGAUGAUGGUGAUGAGCCUUUGGUUCUGGAAGGUGGCCGAGACGUUGAGAAUGAAGGGGAAUCUGAUUUGGUUAUCUCCAAGUCGAAGAAGAGGAAGAAGGAGAUGGAAAAGAGAUUGGAGAUUGAACAAGAAAGAGAGAUGAAGAAGCUUGAGAACUUUUUUUUUGGGUCUUUGUAUUCCCCACUUGAGUUUGGGAAGGAAGAAAGUGAGGAAAAGGGCCAGGAUUUGGAUGAAGAUGGUUCUGCUCUGUUCUUUGUGGACCGUUCUGCAAAUAAUUUGCUUUCAGCUCAUGAGGAGGAUGCUGAAUUGUUGGAGGCAAGUAAUGAUGGAGAGGUGAAAAGCCAGAAAAAGGCUGUUUGGGUUGAUGAAGAGGAGGAAAAGCUAAGUGUAAACAUAGCUAAGGUUAACAGGUUAAGGAAGCUGAGAAAGGAAGAGGAUGAUAGUGUGAUUUCUGGGUCAGAGUAUGUUUCGAGAUUGCGGGCUCAGCAUGCUAAGUUGAAUCCAGGAACAGAUUGGGCAAGGCGUGAUUCACAGUUAAGGACUUAUGAUGAUGAAUCAUCAGAUGAGGAAAGUGGGGUAACAGUAGCUCGUGGAUAUGAGAAUAUUGAGGCUGUUGAUGAUAUCCUGCGAACAGAUGAAGAUCUUGUGGUGAAAAGCAGUGCCAAAUUGUUGCCCGGGCUGCUUGAAUUCUCAAAACUAGUGGAUGCAAACAUUGAGGAUCCUUCCAAUGGACCAAUAAAUUCAGUUCAGUUCCACAGGAAUGCUCAAUUGCUACUCACUGCCGGAUUGGAUCGAAGAGUCAGAUUCUUUCAGAUUGAUGGCAAAAGGAAUACCAAGAUACAGAGUAUCUUCCUUGAUGAUUGUCCUGUUCGAAAGGCUUCCUUCUUACCUGACGGUUCUCAGGUCAUUAUAGCUGGAAGAAGAAAGUUCUUUUACAGCUUUGAUUUAGUAAAAGCAACAGUUGAUAAGAUUGGGCCAUUAGUGGGUAGGGAGGAGAGAAGCUUGGAAGAGUUUGAGGUAUCCCCUGAUUCCAGUUUGAUUGCUUUUGUGGGCAAUGAAGGUUAUAUCUUGUUGGUUUCAUCCAAAACAAAAGAACUGAUUGGAACACUAAAGAUGAAUGGAACUGCCCGUUCUUUGGCAUUUUCUCAUGAUGGGAAGGAGUUAUUAAGCUCUGGAGGUGAUGGGCAGAUCUACCAAUGGGAUCUGAGAACAAGAACCUGCAUCCAUAAGGGUGUUGAUGAGGGCUGCAUAAAUGGUACAGCUCUUUGCACAUCACCAAAUGGAAGAAUGUUUGCAGCUGGGUCAGACAGCGGGAUAGUGAAUAUUUACAGAAGAGAUGAGUUUCUAGGUGGAAAAAGAAAACCAAUCAAGACUAUUGAGAAUCUAACCACCAAGGUUGAUUUUAUGAAAUUUAACAACGAUGCUCAGAUACUGGCUAUCUGUUCGACAAUGAAGAAAAACAGCUUGAAGUUGGUACAUGUUCCAUCACUUACCGUCUUCUCCAACUGGCCUCCUCCAAAUACAAGCUUGCAUUAUCCUCGUUGUCUGGACUUCAGUCCUGGUGGUGGCUUCAUGGCUGUUGGAAGUGCUGCUGGAAAAGUGCUUCUAUAUAAGUUGCAUCAUUAUCAUAAUGCAUAAAGUUGAAAUUUUCAGUUGCUUUAAUCUGAAGAGUUAUGUACUUGUUCAAAAAUCAAUUUCAGCCUGUGUUGUCCUUUGCCCACUCUCUUUUUUGUAUCGUCUUGAUGAGGUUUCAUCAGCAGAAACUAUGCCUUCUGUUUUCCAAUUUUCUGAUUCAAAGAUUGCUCGCCCAGAGCUGCAAUUUUGGAUUUAUGAUUUGAAGUAUGCUCAUUUAUGGCUGUGGUUUUAGUCGCCUUUGUACAGUGAGUUUGAAAAUAGCUGUCUACAGUUAUUAAUAAUGCAAACACUUUUAU